AUGGGAAACUGCUGCUUGAGGAAACACCAUGGCGAGACAGACUCAUCGGUUGUUCAACCUCAUCCCAUUGGAGACAUUAGGCUGCAAAUUUCUCUACCCAAGACAACUUACAAAGCAGCUCGAGAGAAAGCUCCAACUGUUUCCUCAACUUCCUUACAAGGUCAAGAAAAUAUGAUCAGUAAACGUGAGAAACGAAGAUCACCACUUCAAGAGAGGAAUUUCUCGGUCUCAGACAUAGGUGCAGAAAAAAGACGUAGCAAAAGUGUAAGGGCCACGACAAACUCCAAUACUCCGAGUCCAAAAGAUUGGAAUUUGGAGAGAGUGAACAAGAAGGACGGAGUGUUCCGAGAUUACAGGCUAUACUGCUUCUGUUACAGUGCCUUGAAAGCUUCCACACGCAAGUUUAGCAGCAAGAACUUAAUCGGGCAAGGCGGAUUCGGUGAUGUCUACAAAGGGUAUGUGAGUUAUUGUAAUAUGAAUGCUGCCGCAAAACCAAGUGAGGGAUUUCCAAUUGCUAUCAAAAGGCUCAGAAAGACAGCACUACAAGGCGAUGAACAAUGGGAGAAUGAGAGGAAAUUUAUGAGCAAACUAAGUCAUCCAAACAUAGUGAAACUAAUAGGGUACUGCCGCGAAGGUGAGCACAGAAUGUUGGUUUAUGAGUACAUGAAAGGAGGAAGCUUGGAGGCCCAACUCAUGGCGAAAGAUGCUACACAGUUACACUGGAGGAGAAGAACCAAAUUAGCACUCGGCGUAGCCAAGGCUCUGCAUUGUCUUCACACUCGCGGGGCACCCGUAAUUCAUCGUGAUCUCAAAGCUUCGAAUGUUCUGUUGGAUGAUGACUUCAAUGCCAAGCUAUCAGACUUUGGCCUGGCAAAAUAUGGACCCAAAGAUGACCAGGACCACAUAAUGACAAGGGUUCUUGGCACCAAAGGCUACAUCGCACCUGAGUACAUAGCGACAGGGCACGUAACACUCAAAACCGACGUAUACAGCUUCGGCGUGGUGCUCUUAGAGAUCUUUUCAGGCUCCUGCGCCGUGAAGAAAUAUUCGGAUGGGAUGACUGGUGAUCUUACCAAGUGGGCUGAACCAUAUCUUCGCAACCGGCUACAACUGCAUCGUGUGAUUGAUGAGAGACUUGGAAACAACUUCCCGGUGGAAGAAGCUCACAAGUUUGCUGAACUCAUCCUCCGAUGCCUCGAUUCAAACCCCAAGAGCAGACCAACGAUGACUGAGGUCGUGGCUGAUUUGGAGGAGUUGCAUGAAAACAUAGGCAGCGAUCGGAUUUCAGGCCCAUGUUACUACAUUUACACCAUUCCCUCCUCACAGAAGUAA